AUGCCGAGGACGGACAAGCGUUGGUUUGUGUCUGAUGAUGAAGCUAAUCGCUGCGGCUUGCUAGAAAGCGCCGGCGAUCAGAGGUGUGGCGAGACGUCGCUCAAGAACCGAGGCAGACCGAUCCUCCUCCGCCAGGCGGCCCAAGGUUUUUCGCGCGCCCUACAACCGCAACUCGGAGUGCCGAGUGUGCAGGUUCUCGCUUUCUUCGCCCCUUACGUCCAAAACCUGUUUGCCAAACAGAUUGAAGACAGAUCGUGUGUUGGCGAAGGCAGCGGCAGGAUCGGAUCGACUUUAAAAGCGGUAGCUGAAGUGGACAACAAAGAAGACAACGGCCACGAGUUAGCGAAACGAUCGCUUCUUAUAGCAACGCGUUUCGUUUUGGCUUCGGCUGCUGAUUGA